CCGUGUUGCAGCAACAGCCCAGGAGGCAAGGCGGCCCGGCACUUGGGGAAGCCAGGGUUCCUUCUGCCUAUGGAGCAUGCGGCAGCCACAGGCCCCAGGCCAGGGCCCCCACCUGGGGCCAUUGGGAAUGUUCUGCCACAAGCGGAGGGCUGGACAACCAGCCUCAAGACAGAGCUUCCCUUGGCUCUAGAGCUGAGUGAGGAACAGCGACUGCAGAUCUCCAAGGAGUUGGUGGACCUGCAGAUCACAACUCAUCACCUGCGGGAGCAGCAUGAGGCUGAACUCUUUGAGCUGAAGAGUGAGGUCCUCCGGCUGGAGAGCCGGGUGCUGGAGCUGGAGCUGCAUGGAGAUUGCGCAGCCCCCCCAGAGGCUGGCUUGGGGCACCGCCAGGAGCUGGCACGGAGGCUCCAGCACAAGGCCCAUGAGCAGGGACACUCCAUCCACCAUAGACCCCAGGCACAGCCUGAGGACUUCCCGACCCCUAAAGAUGAACAGCAGAAACUAGGGAACAGCGUGAGUGUGCAGCCACCUAGCCUGGGGACCUAUCCAGAUUCCUCCCAGCCCAGGGUGGUGUGGGGCAGUGCCAGGAACCCGGAGCUUGUGUACCCGCAGCUGCAGGGAGGAUGGAAGCGACUGCUGGAGCAGCACGAGGCCCGGGAGCAGGCACUGGAGGCCCGUGUGGCAGACCUGGGCCUGCGGCUGCAGGGAGCCCAAGAGGAGGCCAGGACAGCUGGGCAGCGACUAGCUGCACAAGCCGUGGUGCUGUCUGCCUGCCAAGGCCAGCUCCGCCAGGCUGAGGCAGAGAACGCCCAGCUGCAGCUGCAGCUCAAGAAGAUGAACGAAGAGUACGCCAUCCGGUUGCAGCGAUGUGCCCGAGCCGUGGCCGUGAGCACUGGGUGGGGUGGCCCUGCGGUGCGGGGGCGGCCGCGCACCCUUGGGAGUCCAAGCCUAGCCUGGGUGUGCUGGACUGCUUCAGGGAGACCCCGUGGGCCCCGCCGGUGCACUGCCAGGUCCGCUCCGCAGAGAGGAUUGUGGGAAGCAGUGUGCUCCCGGCAAGCCCCGCCCUCCCCAGCCCCGCCCCAUCCCCUCCAGGAGUUUGCGAACGACGCCGGCCCACAGCCGGCAGCCGCAGCCCUCCGGACAUUCCUGGAGACCACUCUGGAGGACAUCCGGGCCGCGCACCGCAGCCGUGAGCAGCAGUUGGCCCGGGCUGCUCGUGCCUACCGCAAGCGCCUGGCCUGUCUGAGCCGUAGACAUGAGGAGCUGCGGGCCGCCCACAGGUGCUGGCAGACUCCAUCGGGGCACCCGGGACCCCCAAAGCUACUUCUGAUGCAGCCACCUCAGACCUCGAGCCACUGCCUCUGCACCUGGUCACCGAACUUGGCCACCCAGGAGAGGACCGGGCCAGGCUGGAGACGAAGCUCCGGAAGCUCCCGGCCCAGAAGGGACCCAGUGAAGUCUCCCAGGGGGGCACAUCAGAGCCACAGGGCCAGGAAGCUGCAUCCUGGGCCCAGAUCCACCAGAAGCUCCAAGACUUCUCCCGUGGCGCCCAGGCGGAGCUGGAACGCGAGCGGGCGCAGCUACUGGUACGGGCCGCGAUGGCUGAGGAGCAACUUUCUGAGCUGCAGGAGUAUGUGGCCCAGCACCUCGGCAGGUACAAACAGGAGGUCCUGAGGCUCAGGAAGCUUGCAGGUACAGAGGACGCCUGGAAAGCAGGGGCCACACCUCCAAUCAAGCCCCAGCACCCAAAGACCCGAAGCCGCUAGCAGUCGUCAGACUCAGAGCAGAACCCUUCGCGGCCAGCAUGGAGGUGUCCUCA